AUGCCCUCACCUGAUCCCACCGAGCCGGCCUCGAAUUGGGACUUCACCGCAGUGCUUGACCUCCUCCGGUCACCCACUUACAGUGAUGCCUCUAAUCCUGCCCGCCACUCCAAAUUCCUAGCUCUCUCGUCUUCUGAGGGACGGUCAAAGCAAAAUGUGUCUAAGACUGAGGGUGGUGACUGCAGGUCAGCUACAGAAGUAAAGCCUAAGCGAAGUCACACCCAGCUUGGAGACUUUGGGUCUCUCUGGGACCUCCUCAUCCCAGACGACACCCACACGAACAAGAUUCUUGGCGACCCCACACUUGCCUCGUCGCUCAACACCCAACACUCUCAAGAUCGGGCCUCGCCUGUAACGAGUCUCAAGCGGACUCCCCGUGGUGGACCAUCUACUACUGAAACAUACCAUCCCACGUCUAAGCACGCACCUUUGUCGGUUGUCUCGAAACCUCAUAUUUCCAGUGGUAUCGUUUCAGGCAGUUCUUCACUUUCAUACGUUCAACCCCCUUCCAUAACCAUUCUCAAACGAGCCACGGACAAAGAGGAGACCCCUUUGCCACCUCGAACGCCCUCAAAGCCGAUUCCCGGCGCCAGCGAUACAAACACGCCGAGGGCGAAAGUCAAAGUCAAGGCUACUUCCACCGGGAAAGACACCAAUUCUCAAUCUGAAUGGGUUUCUGAAAGCAGCGCAGAGGCGGAAUCCGACUCUAGCACUGUCAUUUUCGAUUCCCCGAUUAUCAAGAAGCCCGGUACCCUGGCAUUUGUUCCGACCCAGGUGGGUACCACAGAUGCACGGACUGGCCAGGAUGACACCCCGCCAUCGUCGUACGAUGACCCAAACUCGGUAUUGGGCUCGGAAAUUGCCCGGAAUAUCAUUACAACCCCAACGGGAAUUCGUGUCCUGCCUGCUGCGUACAAGGCGGCAACGGACAGACGAGCUGGUCUGAUAGACAAGCUUAUCAAUGAAUUCCCUGAUUAUGCCCGACAUGUGUCGCAGGCAGGAAGUUCGCCAUCCUCAAAGAAGAAUCGUGAGCAACGCCCUGUCCAUGUCUUUGUUGACAUGUCCAAUAUCAUGGUUGGAUUCCACGACUCGGUAAAAGUCUCGCGGAACAUUCCCAUCGCAACCAGAAUACGCCGCCUUCACAUGGCCUUUGCCAAUUUCUCUUUGAUCAUGGAACGGGAUCGCCCCGCCGCCAAGAGAGUCUUGGUAGGCUCGGACCGACUGCCAUCGAUCGGCGAAGCUGAGAAGUUAGGCUAUGAAGUCAACAUUUUAGACCGUGUUCACAAGAACAAACAUACAACUCCCCGCGCGUCCAAAUUUCGAAAAGGGCCCCAGUUUGCCAGUGGGCCUGAAACGGUCAGCAAUCUUGGGAACCGAUGGGUUGAGCAGGGUGUAGACGAAAUUCUGCACCUGAAGAUCCUGGAGUCCCUUUUGGACACGGAUGAGCCGGCGACGAUCGUGUUGGCGACUGGAGAUGCAGCGGAAGCUGAGUACUCUGGUGGAUUCAUGCGCAUGGUGGAGCGUGCGCUUCAUCGUGGCUGGACUGUGGAGCUGGUUAGCUUCUCUCAGGUGACGAGCUAUGCGUAUCGUAAGAAGGAGUUUAGAGAGAAAUGGGGGGACCGCUUCCGGUGGAUUGAGUUGGAUGACUACGUGGAGGAACUUUUUGAUUAA